AGGUCCUGUUACCCACCCCUGGCGCCCGCCCUCCGUCGCGGGGAGGCUGACACUACAACCCCCAGCAAGCCUCGCGGCUGCUGGCUGAUUCCUAUGCGGCCGGCCGCCCAGGGUGCCGAUGGGAAUUGGAGUUCUUGGUUGUUCGGCGGCUUCGCAGAACGCACCGGGUGGGCGUGGGGGGCUAGGGCUCUUGGGUGCCUCCGCAGAAAGGACCGUAAGACCCCGCCGACAUGUUCUCGGAGCCCCCAACCCCAGGGCCUCCAGCGCCCGACACGCCUCCUGACUCGAGUCGCAUCGACCACAGCCCUGUCCCCCCCUGGGCCCUGGCCGCAAUCGUUCUGGUCUCAGGCCUCCUCGUCUUCGGCUGUUGUUUCUGUGUCUACCGGAAGCGUUGUCGGAGGCGGUUGGGCAAGAAGAGCCAGGCCCAAGCCCAGGUCCACCUUCAGGAAGUGAAGGAGCUAGGCCGGAGUUACAUAGACAAGGUGCAGCCGGAGGUGGAGGAGUUGGAGCCAGCACCAUCUGGGCCAGGGUCACAGGUGGCCGAGAAGCAUGAGCUUGGACGACUGCAGUACUCACUCGAUUAUGAUUUCCAGAGUGGCCAGCUGCUGGUGGGCAUCCUGCAAGCUGAGGGAUUGGCAGCCUUGGACCUGGGGGGCUCCUCCGACCCCUACGUGCGGGUCUACCUGCUGCCAGACAAGCGGAGGCGGCAUGAGACCAAGGUGCAUCGGCAGACGCUGAACCCACACUUUGGGGAGAACUUUGCCUUCAAGGUACCCUACGUGGAGCUGGGGGGCAGGGUACUGGUCAUGGCGGUAUACGACUUCGAUCGCUUCUCCCGCAACGAUGCCAUUGGGGAGGUGCGGGUCCCCAUGAGCUCCGUGGACUUGGGGCGGCCAGUGCUGGCCUGGCGCGAGCUGCAGGCUGCUCCGCGGGAGGAGCAGGAAAAACUAGGUGACAUCUGCUUCUCCCUCCGCUAUGUCCCUACGGCCGGGAAGCUCACUGUCAUCGUCCUGGAGGCUAAGAACCUGAAGAAGAUGGACGUAGGAGGGCUCUCAGAUCCGUAUGUCAAGGUCCACCUGCUGCAGGGUGGCAAAAAGGUGCGUAAGAAGAAAACGACCAUCAAGAAGAACACUCUGAACCCCUACUACAAUGAGGCCUUCAGUUUCGAGGUGCCCUGUGACCAGGUGCAGAAGGUCCAGGUGGAGCUGACCGUGCUGGACUAUGACAAGCUGGGCAAGAACGAGGCCAUCGGGAGGGUGGCCGUAGGGGCUGCGGCUGGGGGAGCUGGCCUGCGGCACUGGGCGGACAUGCUGGCCAACCCCCGGCGGCCCAUUGCCCAGUGGCACUCGCUGCGGCCGCCUGACCGAGUGAGGCCGCUGCCUGCACCCUGAUCCCCACUUCAAGCCCCUUGCCAAGCCUGGACUCGGCCCCUGA